AUGGCAGCGGUUACUAAGAUUGCGAGCAGCCGUACCUUAAAGCAACUGCUUUCCGAGUUGAAACACAUCAGCUCCAACGAAGGUAGCGCUUCUUUGGCCGCCAAGUACAUCACUGAUCAGUACCGGCGCUUCGAAACGACAGAACAGCAGCAUUGUCGCGCUAAAGAGGAACUACAAUUUACCGCCGAUACGUACCGGUGUUACCUGGAGAGCGUCCGGAAGCUUAAGGAGUUGAACGAAGUGUAUCGUGGCAAGGGCGAACGCAGUAUACGAGAUACGGCUGACAUGGUGGGCUUCAAGCUGCCUCACGACCCAAAGUGAACUUCAGAUAGUGUUACCGUUUGUAAGAAUGAAUGAAGGAUGGUGAAAUGUUUGAGUAAUAAAAUACUAUUUUUAUUUCAGUGAAA